AUGUGCCGAAGAGUGGAGGAUCUGUUGGAAGCGUGUGAUAAGUGGAAUUUGUCGAUCAGUGUAGCCAAGAGCUUCUGGGGCAUCGAUAAGGUAGGGUAUCUGGGACAUCGAGUGUCGAUCGGAGGUUUGGAGGCAAGCCCGAAAGACCUGAAAUCGCUGACCGAUCUGCCGCUCCCUGGAUCUCUGCGAUAUAUGCAGUCGUUCCUGGGCAGUCUAAAUUACUACAGCCGAUUCAUCGAAGACUAUGCAAUCUAUGCCUCGAAUGUGACUGAGGAGGAGGUGUUGGCGUUGAUGAGGAUCUUGGAUCUCUAUUACAAUUUACUAGCAGACCGCGAGAUCCGGGUCCUGACAAGGCAUUCUACGCUGGCCUGGCUGUUCAAGUCGACGGGGUUGCAAGGUCGCCUGGGACAAUGGUCUGCCCUCCUGGCCCCAUGGAUACUCGAGAUCACGAAGUGCACGAAGGGUGAAGAUGAGAUACUGGGGGCGAUCGCUGCUAGCAUCACGCCGAGGGCGGAGAUCGACGAUGCUCUGAACGAGAUCGCCCCCGGAAAGAACCUAAACGCCGGAUCCAAGAGCCAAUACCCACCUGCGAUCGGAUGGAGUCUUCCCGGAUGGGAGGUGGUCAAGGCCAGAUCAGGCUAUCUCGAGAGCCUCACCGUGAACGAAGCCGAGUAUAACGGCUUGAUUCUGGGACUCGACAUGCUAGAAGACUUAGAUCGCAGACGCCUGGUGAUCUGCGGGGAUUCUAACCUGGUGAUCCGACAAGUGCGGGGUGAGAUCGACUGCAAAGCAGCCGGACUGACGCUAUUGAAGCGGAAAGCCCUCGAUCGCUUGAGGAAA